GGUCUGUCGUUUGCAUGUAAAUUGCAGAUGCAAGUUUUUUACUGCCCGCGGGACGGGAGUGUGAGCUAUAGAUACAACACUGUUAUAGAUACAACAACAAGCGCUGUAACGGGAUGGAACGGGGAACAGCAGGCAAUUGAUAGGAGGGGGUGAGUUGUAAUAGAUGAGCGGGGGGACGUACGGGCUGCGUGUUCUUGUUCUUGUAAAAUUACCCAGAAGAAAUUUCGUUCGGGAAAUGUGGAAAAUGUGCGCGAGCGGAGAAACAACCCCAAAAAGGAAGCGUCAAUGAAAACUGGUAGAGAGGAGAGUACCAUCGACAAAUAAAUAGCAUCCAUGCAUACAAGCAGAAUAUAAAACUAAAACAGUAAAUAAAUAAUAAUAAAACGCAACGAUUAAACGUUAUAAAGAAAGUGUGAGAAUCGGAGAGUCAAAUGAAAUCAGAAUUUGGAUUGUAAAUUUACGUCGCCGCCGCCACCGCUGGCUGUCUGCCGCCUAAGAGAGAUAAACACAAAGAGAGAGAUAAAUACAGAAAUAAAAUUAAUGGAAAAGCAUAGCUAGACCAUAUGCAUGUGGGAGGAGGUAUAUACGACACGACACACAUACUACAUUCUUAUGUGUACAUGUUUUAUUGGUUGUGCGUGUGUGUACGUGAGUGAAGUGCUUAUCUCGGGAGGGAAAUGUGAAUGGAAUUGGAGCACAGACGAAGAAGAAUAAUUUCGGAAGAUAAAAACCGAAUCGUAUCGAAAGGCUACACACAUACUGCUAAAAUGGUUGUCGCCAGCCGUACUCGCAUCAUCUACUCCGCAAAAUAAGUGUAUCUGCUCUCCACGCACUGUCGCUGUCACCGAAUAAUAUCCUAUGCAUCGACCACAUCGUCUUAGCAUCGCCAUCGACAUCGCCAUCACCCGGAGCACGAGCACUAACAACUCUCCAACUCAUCCACCAUCAUCCAGCAUAACCCAGUGGGGCAGCAGGGGGAGUAGGAUGAUACUUCUUCUGCUGCUGCUCGGUCUGGUGACGCCGCCGGCAGUCAUAGCCCAAUAUCUGUCGCCACGCAUUAUCGAACAUCCCACGGAUCUGGUGGUGAAGAAGAAUGAGCCAGCGACGCUCAACUGCAAGGUGGAGGGCAAGCCCGAGCCCACCAUCGAGUGGUUCAAGGACGGCGAACCCGUCAGCACCAAUGAAAAGAAAUCGCAUCGCGUUCAGUUCAAGGAUGGCGCCUUGUUCUUCUACCGCACGAUGCAGGGCAAGAAGGAGCAGGACGGCGGCGAGUACUGGUGUGUGGCCAAGAACCGUGUGGGCCAGGCCGUUAGUCGACAUGCCUCGCUCCAAAUAGCUGUUCUGCGCGAUGAUUUUCGCGUGGAGCCCAAAGACACGCGCGUGGCCAAAGGCGAGACAGCGCUGCUCGAGUGUGGGCCGCCCAAAGGCAUUCCAGAGCCAACUCUCAUUUGGAUGAAGGAUGGCGUCCCCCUGGAUGACCUGAAAGCCAUGUCGUUCGGCGCCAGCUCUCGCGUGCGUAUUGUCGAUGGUGGCAAUCUGUUAAUAAGCAAUGUGGAGCCCAUCGACGAGGGCAACUACAAGUGCAUUGCCCAGAAUCUGGUUGGCACGAGAGAGUCCAGCUACGCCAAGCUGAUUGUACAGGUCAAGCCGUACUUCAUGAAGGAGCCCAAGGAUCAGGUGAUGCUCUACGGCCAAACGGCCACCUUCCACUGCUCCGUGGGCGGUGAUCCGCCGCCAAAGGUGCUCUGGAAGAAGGAGGAGGGCAACAUACCCGUGUCCCGGGCUCGCAUCCUGCACGACGAGAAGAGUCUGGAGCUGAGCAACAUUUCGCCCAGCGAUGAGGGCACCUAUGUCUGCGAGGCGCACAACAAUGUGGGUCAGAUAAGCGCCAGAGCAUCGCUCACCGUACACGCUCCUCCAACGUUCACUCGGAAGCCCAGCAAUAAGAAAGUGGGCCUCAAUGGAGUUGUUCAGUUUCCCUGCAUGGCCGCUGGCAAUCCUCCGCCGUCGGUAUUCUGGACCAAAGAGGGUGUAUCCACGCUGAUGUUCCCCAACAGCUCGCACGGUAGGCAACAUGUCUCGUCGGAGGGAACGCUACAGAUCAGCGAUGUGCAGCAGGAUGACGAGGGCUUCUACGUGUGCUCCGCGUUCAGUGUGGUGGAUUCCUCCACGGUGCGCAUUUUCCUACAGGUCAGCUCGGUAGAUGAGCGUCCGCCGCCCAUCAUCCAAAUAGGUCCCGCCAAUCAGACCUUGUCGAAGGGAUCUGUGGCGACACUGCCCUGCCGUGCCACAGGCACGCCCAAUCCACGUAUCAAAUGGUUCCACAAUGGCUAUGCCGUGCAGCCAGGCAAUCGGCACAGCAUCAACCAAGGCAGCUCUCUGCGAAUCGAUGAUCUCCAAUUGGGCGACACUGGAGUCUAUACAUGCACUGCCUCCUCGGAACGUGGCGAGACCUCCUGGUCAGCAACGCUUACGGUUGAGAAAUCAGGCGCCACAUCACUGCAUCGGGCAGCUGACCCAAGCACAUAUCCGGCUCCACCUGGCACCCCGAAAGUGCUGAAUGCCAGCCACAGCAGCAUCUCGCUGCGUUGGGCCAAGAGCCAAGAGAAGCCUGGCGCCGUCGGUCCGAUUAUUGGCUACACUGUGGAGUACUUUAGUCCGGAAUUGCAAACGGGUUGGAUUGUGGCUGCACAUCGUGUGGCCGAUACUCAAGCCACUAUAUCGGAUUUGACGCCAGCCACUUCGUAUGUGUUCCUGGUGCGUGCUGAGAACAGCCAGGGCGUGUCCGUGCCCUCGGGGCUUUCGAAUGCCAUCAAAACAAUUGGCGAGGACUUUGACACUGCCUCGGCCAAUGACUUGUCGGCAGCUCGAACUCUGCUCACCAGAAAGUCUGUGGAGCUGAUAGAUGCCUCGCCCAUCAAUGCCAGUGCCGUGCGUCUAGACUGGAUGCUGCAUGUGAGCGCCGACGAGAAAUAUGUGGAGGGUCUGCGACUUCACUACAGGGACACAGGACACUCCCACAGCGCGCAGUAUCAUUCCAUCACUCUCAUGGAUACCUCGGUGGAAUCGUUUGUCGUGGGAAAUCUGAAGAAGUACACUAAAUACGAGUUCUUUCUGACUCCCUUCUUCGAGACCAUCGAGGGACAGCCCAGCAACUCCAAGAUGGCCAUCACUUACGAAGAUGUUCCCUCUGCACCGCCAGAUAGAAUACAGAUCGGAAUGUAUAACCAAACAGCUGGAUGGGUGCGUUGGACACCACCGCCUGCCCAGCACCACAAUGGCAAUCUGUAUGGCUACAAAAUCGAAGUGAGCGCCGGCAACACCCUGAAGGUGCUUGCCAACAUGACGCUCAAUUCCACCACCACAUCGGUGCUGCUGAAUAACCUCACCACCGGCGCCGUCUACAGUGUGCGUCUGAACUGCUUCACCAAGGCAGGCGAUGGGCCCUACUCCAAGCCGGUCUCGCUGUUCAUGGAUCCCACGCAUCAUGUGCAUCCGCCGCGUGCUCAUCCCAGCGGCAGUCACGAUGGCUGGCACCAGGAUGGUCAGGAGAUCACCUACCACAACGGAAUGGCUGGUAUUCAGCCCAGCAGCGACACGCAUCCCACCACGCACAGAACAUCCUCGGAUUAUCUGCCUAGCAUCUGGCUAAUGGUCAUGGUUGUCACUGUACUCCUUGUCGUGUUUAUCUCCGCUGCCUUAGCCAUGGUCUACUUCAAGCGCAGGCAUCAGAUGACCAAAGAUCUGGGCCAUCUCAGUGUUGUAAGCGACAACGAAAUCACUGCCCUAAAUAUCAAUAGCAAGGAAAGUCUGUGGAUUGAUCGCAACUGGCGACCGUCAGACACCGACAAGGACUCGGGACUGAGCGAGUCCAAGCUGCUCUCCCACGUCAACAGCAGCCAGUCCAACUACAACAACUCCGAUGCAGGAACCGACUAUGCCGAAGUGGAUACCCGCAACCUGACAACCUUCUACAACUGCCGCAAGAGCCCUGAUAAUCCCACGCCCUAUGCCACCACCAUGAUCAUUGGCACCUCUUCGGGUGAGACCUGCACGAAGCCCACCUGCCUGAGCGCCGACAAGGACUCGGGCACACAUUCCCCCUACUCGGAUGCCUUUGGUGCACAGGGCGCGGUCGCUCCCUCUUCGAAGUCGAAUUAUCUGCAGUACCCAGUGGAGCCCAUCAACUGGUCCGAGUUUUUGCCACCACCGCCAGAGCAUCCGCCACCAUCUUCCACCUACGGCUAUGCCCAGGGCUCACCGGAGUCCUCGCGCAAGAGCUCCAAGAGCGGAGGCUCUGGCAUUUCCACAAACCAAAGCAUCCUGAACGCCUCCAUUCACAGCAGCUCUUCCGGCGGCUUCUCAGCCUGGGGCGUUUCUCCACAAUUCGCACCCAGCUGCCCCCAUGACAACGUGUACACCAAUCCCCUGUCAGCAGUGGGAAGCGCCCAGAAUCGCUACCAGAUUACACCCACCAACCAGCAUCCACCGCAGCUGCCGGCCUACUUUGCCACUGCGACACCUGGCGGAGGUCCACCGACGCACAUUCAGUUCCCCGCGCAGCGCCAUGCCGUAAGCGAGUACCAGGCGGGCCUGAAUGCCUCGCGCUGCAACCAGAAUCGAUCCUGCUCCAGCUGCGAUGCCCUGACCUCACCCAUGCAGCCGCCGCCGCCGGCUCCGGCCCCAGAGGGCUGGUACCAGCCGAUGCAUCCCCAGCCACAGGUACAUCCGAUGCAGUCGACCAGCUCCAGUCACCAGAUCUACCAGUGCUCCUCCGAGUGCUCGGAUAACUCGCGAGCCUCGCACAGCCACAAGCGACAGCUGCUGGCGGAGGAGCACAGCAGUGGCAAGCGCUCGGGCCACCGUCGUCAUGCCAUGGUGCAACCCUGCCUGGAGAGUGAGAACGAGAACGAGAACGAUAACAUGCUGGUGGACUAUGAGCUGCACGAGCGCAGCUACACGAGCGACUGCUGCAACAGUUCCCGGGAGGGCGACACCUGCUCCUGCAGCGAGGGCUCCUGCCUGUACGCCGAUGCAGGCGGGCCAGCUACCCGGCACAUGACUGCCACUAAGAAUACUUAAAGCGGAACUAGCUGUGACGCCCACCCUUCCCAACGAGUCAUCAUGGGGAGACGGUAUGUGGAGGCAGUGCCAUUCCCCACCCCCCCGAUGGUGGAUUAGUAUUAAAUAGCAUCUAGUCUAACUCUUCAUUCAUAUCGAACUUAGUCAGCGGCUACGCCACAGUCCUCGAGCCGGCGGCGAGCCGCGUGGACAAACUCAAAGUUUCUGCGCCAUAAUUUCCCCCACUACUCUAUCGAAUACUUCAACGACUAUGACUACGCCAAUGGAAACAAAUACGUACGACUGCCAGAUCAUACAGAAACACACGACACACACGCACGCACUCAUCACAUAUACAGCCACAAUCAUGGGAGCAUUGUGCAGCUUUAGCAAUUACGAAUUUUCCAUUACUACAUCCAUAAAGCCUAGACACACUCAUAGAAAAGCACAAUGCUCCCCAGCAUCAUCACUCCCCCACCUUCUAGCACCCUAGAAUUUCCCUUCAUCAAAAUGAAUAAUGUACUUAAGAGAUAGUUACGAGUGCUGUACGAUAGAGAUAUUUGCUUCAGAUAGGAUUAAGCGCCAGAAUAGAGUUCAGAACCCAUCUCAGUGUGAAACAGAUCUUUAAGAAAUAUGUACUCAAGAGAACAAAUUGAGCAAGUGGAAACAGAAAACAGAUCAGGCCAUACAAGUACACAACUGAGUCUGAGUAGAGGACUCAAAGAUGUAGUUAGAACCAGCAGAGUGCAUAGAGUGCAUGGAGAAUGUACAGCAUGUUUUUGGUCCUAGUCAUAGGCUUUGAUACGAGAAUACGUUAACGAUUACGCUACUGAUACUGACUACGAUUUAGUACAUGUAUUCAAAACUCUUUCAUAUCUACGAUCACAAUCGAAUACUACUUGUCUCCGCCUCGGACUUGUGAUGAGGAUUAGCGGAGAAGAACUAAGUGGAGGAGUGCCGAGGCAGGAAAAGUGAGACGGCAGUUGCAAUGUUUAAUGGUUAGUGCUUUUCUAUAAAAGGAAAAAAAAAACAACAAACAGUAAUUUACUUCACAAAUAUGGUGGUGACUUGACCCAGUGAAUAUAUAUAUAUAGAUAAUAGAUAUACAAACUAAACUACACACGAACACACAACACUAACACAACACUACAACUUAUAUAAGUAUAAGCAUUUAGCCAACUUUAGUAGGACCUGCACGCGGCUAACUUAGCUACAGCUGCACCCCCACCCACCCCGGUUUUCCUCAUCCUCCUCCAUGACAUACAUUUUCUACAAUCUUUGCAUUUUGAAAAAAGUAAAAGUCUAAAAUGUACCUGUGAUAUAAACCCCCCAGUAUAGUAUUUUAAACCCCUUUUUGUUUUUUAAUUGUGAAUUUACGCAUUUUUGAGUUUAACUUUGAGUUUUUAGUUUAAUUUCGCUUUAAGUUCGAACAACGAGAAAUGUUUGCUGGAAAACAGACGACACAAUUGAUAGACCAUGAGUGAGGUUUUUUUUACGGGAUAAUAUAGCAUAAUUUAGACCUUAGACACGUACGCCACAUUAGAAAUUCAAAAUGGAUAAUACGAAAAUCAUCAAAAUUGAAAUCCAUCAAAGUCGAGAGAAAUGCUCAGAGAGGCCCAGAAUACUUUUUCGAAGAAGCCCAAGAAGCGUGAGCUGAAUUGAGAUUGGAAAAGGCUGUUGGAAAAGUGUUUAGAGCCGAAUUGGAAGUGGAUAUGACUGAUAUCCAUUUGGACUUGAGUCAACGAAACGUUUAAAUUUUAAUACACACUCAAACACACACACACACAUUAGAGCUACACGUACAUAUAGAGAUCAUAUAGCACCUAGAACCGCGCAUGUAUCAAAUCAAAUCAAAAUAUGCCAUAGCAUACGCACACACCCCACACAAAACACACACACAAAUUCACUUCCUUGCCGUCCCGGAUCGGCGAGGCAUGUACAUAUAUAUUAUAUAUAUAUAUACAUAUACAUAUACAUAUACAUACAUUUGCAUAUACAUAUAUACAUACUCCUACACGUUAUAUAUUGAAUCCAACUUGCUUUGAGUUGUACCGCCCUUCCGUAGCCAUAUUUAGAGACGAAGCAUAGUUGGGUCUGGGUUUUAAUAAUUAGCAUCUAGAUUCUAGAGUAUUUUAAAGUCAUAGCAUAAAUCAAUUUUAAAUACGAGAACGUAACCCCAAGAAACCGAAAUUGAAAUUGAAAUCGAAAUCGAAGUCCAAUCGAAAGCGACACUUAAUUUUAAUGCGUAAUGCCAUAAACGAAACUCUUCUAAAUGCAAA